CUCAGCUCGGGAAGGGAUGGGCUCGCGCUGCCGGCCGUGGGCGUGGACUCGGGCGUGGGCACUGGCGGAGUUCCAAGCCCGGGCUGAGGAGGGGGCGGCAGCCGCGGGCGGGUACCCUUCGACUGAGCGUUGCCGCUGUUCCCUGCGCGGCAUGGAGGGGACGGCUGUGGCCGUGUUCGAGAUUUUGAGAUUUUUAAUAAUUCACUGGAAGUGUGACAUAGAUGUAUCAAAGGGAGCAUUGCUAGAAGGGCAGCUAGUGAUUUCCAUAGAAGGAUUAAAUUCUAAGCACCAGGCAAAUGCUCUUCAUUGUGUAACAACUAUUGCUUCUGCAGGAAGCCUUUUUGGUGGCAUGGUCCUUAAGAAGUUCCUAAAAGAAAUACAGUCCAUACUGCCCGGAAUCUCUGCAAAGCUGACUUGGACUUCAGAGGAAGGCAGCUAUUCUCAGGACAUGACAGGGGUAACACCCUUCCAGAUGAUUUUUGAGGUUGAUGAAAAGCCCAGAACCUUGAUGACAAAUUGUCUGGUUAUAAAGCAUUUUUUACGUAAAAUCAUCAUGGUGCACCCUAAGGUCAGAUUUCAUUUCAGUGUAAAGGUAAAUGGAAUCCUCUCCACAGAGAUCUUUGGGGUAGAGAAUGAACCCACUUUGAACCUUGGGAAUGGAAUUGCUCUUGUGGUCGACUCUCAGCAUUAUGUGAGUGGACCAAAUUUUGGUACAAUUGAAUCACACUGCAGCAGAAUUCACCCUGUGCUAGGACAUCCAGUAAUGCUUUUCAUCCCUGAAGACGUGGCUGGCAUGGACUUGUUGGGAGAACUGAUACUGACUCCAGCAGCUGCACUGUGCCCCAGCCCAAAGAUUUCUUCCAACAAGCUUAACAGGAUUUCUUCAGUUUCCAUAUUUCUAUAUGGACCUUUGGGUCUGCCUCUGAUAUUGUCAACUUGGGAGCAGCCAAUGACUACUUUCUUCAAAGAUACCUCUUCUUUAAUUGACUGGAAAAAAUACCAUUUGUGUAUGAUACCCAAUUUGGAUCUCAAUUUGGAUAGAGAUUUGGUGCUUCCAGAUGUGAGUUAUCAGGUAGAAUCCAGUGAGGGGGAUCAGUCUCAGAAUAUGGACCCUCAAGGACAAACUCUGCUGCUUUUUCUCUUUGUGGAUUUCCACAGUGCAUUUCCAGUCCAGCAAAUGGAAAUCUGGGGAGUCUAUACUUUGCUCACAACUCAUCUCAAUGCCAUCCUUGUGGACAGCCACAGUGUAGUACAAAGUUCCAUCCAAUUCACUGUGGACAAGGUCUUGGAGCAACAUCACCAGGCUGCCAAGGCUCAGCAGAAACUACAGGCCUCACUCUCAGUGGCUGUGAACUCCAUCAUGAGUAUUCUGACUGGAAGCACUAGGAGCAGCUUCCGAAAGAUGUGUCUGCAGACCCUUCAAGCAGCUGACACACAGGAGUUUGGGACCAAACUGCACAAAGUAUUUCGUGAGAUCACCCAGCACCAAUUUCUUCACCACUGCUCAUGUGAGGUGAAGCAGCAGCUAACCCUAGAGAAAAAGGACUCAGCCCAGGGCACUGAGGACGCACCUGAUAACAGCAGCCUGGAGCUCCUAGCAGAUACCAGCGGGCAAGCAGAAAACAAGAGGCUCAAGAGGGGCAGCCCCCGCAUGGAGGAGAUGCCAGCUCUGCGCUCCGCCAGGGCCCCGGGCCCGUCAGAGGCCACCCCGCGCCGCCCGGAGGCCACCGCGGCCCCCCUCACUUCUAGCGGAAGGGAGGCCCGCGAGGCUCACGGCAGGGCUCUGGCACCGGGCAGGGCGAGCCUUGGGAGCCGCCUGGAGGACGUGCUGUGGCUGCAGGAGGUCUCCAAACUGUCAGAGUGGCUGAGUCCCAGCCCUGGGCCCUAAGCCGGAUCCCCUUCCGCAAGUGCCCACCAAUCCGGAGGCUGCGGACAGCCGCUGUCCCGUGGUUUAAUAAAGCUGCCCCGCGCUCACCAA